AUGGCAGUCAGUGGUGGGAGUCAAAGGCGCAUCCCAGGACCAGCAUUCGGGUGCCUGCUCAACAACUCGCUCGGCAAGCUGCCCACCCUUCCCCUCCGGGCCCAGGUGCUCCAGCUGAGCUGGCUAAGCCCCACGACUCCAUCCCAGAAGCCAGCACUGGGACUACAGAGCUUGUGGCGCACCCUGGGCCUGGCUCUGCUUCCUGUGGAGCCCGAGGGAUUCCAGGGUCUCUAUGCAAUGGAGACCACUCAGGGCUUGGAGAGAAAUCAGCUGCAGAGCCCGGGGAGCUCUGUCCCCCAGGACUGCGGAGCCUUGACCGUGCUGUCAAUCCGCUCCUUCGGGCUCUCAGACCCCUGCCCGGCAGCUGGAGGAGGAGCCCAGAGAGGGAACCCUUGGCUCCAGCCAGCCAUCUCUCCAUCCGUCCAUCCAUCCAUCCACUCACCCAUGCGUCCAUCCAGCUCCUGUGGCGGUGGCGGCUCUUGGCUGGUCCUGGAUACCGUAUGUGUGCUCGGGGGACGGGCAGGGCCCAGCGUGACCGAACCUAAAGUUGAGCCACAGGGCGAAGUCCUUCGGGGGAACGCGAUCAAAACGAUCGAGGAUGGGGCCUUUGCUGAGCUUCCUCACCUGGUGGAGCUAGACCUAUCCAGCAACCAAAUGGCCGAGCUGCCUCCGACACUGUACGAGGGCCUCCAGGAACUCCAGAUGCUGAACAUCUCGGCCAAUCCUCUGAAGGAGAUCCCUUUGGACCACUUUGACAAUCUCUCCCACCUGCAGUCGCUGAGCAUGAAGGGCAUGGAGAUCCCCAACAUUCAGAGCCGCAUGUUCCAGAAACUGGGCAACCUGUCUUACAUCUACUUCGACCACUUCCAGUACUGCAGUUACGCCCCCCAUGUGCGCAGCUGCCAGCCCAACACGGACGGCAUCUCUUCCCUGGAGAACCUCCUGGCCAACCUGCUCCUGCGGGUCUUCGUCUGGGUCAUCGCCUGCGCCACCUGCCUGGGCAACCUCUUCGUGGUCUGCAUGCGCACCCUCAUCGUGCCCGAGAACUUCCAGCACGCCAUGGCCAUCAAGUGUCUCUGCUGUGCCGACUUCCUCAUGGGAGUCUACCUGUUCUUCAUCGGCGCCUCGGACCUGCGCUACGCCGGCGAGUACAACAAGCACGCCCAGGCCUGGAUGGCCAGCCCCCAGUGCCAGGCCGUGGGCUGCCUGGCCAUGCUGUCCUCUGAGGUCUCCGUGCUGCUGCUCACGUACGUGACCCUGGAGAAGUACGUCGGCAUCGUCUUCCCCUUCAGCCACUACCGGGCCGGCCGCCGGCAGACCCUGCUCACUCUGGUGGCCAUCUGGCUGGUGGGCUUCACCAUCGCCGUGGUGCCCUUCUGGAGUCGGGGCCCCUUCGGCAACUACUACGGCAGCAACGGUGUCUGCUUCCCCCUCCACUUCGACACGCCCAACAACGCCAUGGCCCAGCACUACUCUACAGCCAUCUUCCUAGGGGUCAACCUGGUCGCCUUCAUCACCAUGGUGAUAGCCUACAGCAGCAUGUUCCACUCGGUCCGCGUCUCCCGGGCCCGCUCCGCAAAGCCCAGCUCCUUUGCUCGGGAGGUCUCUAUCGCCAAGCGCUUCUUCUUCAUUGUCUUCACUGACGCCCUGUGCUGGCUUCCCAUCUUUCUCCUGAAACUGCUGUCGCUGCUGCAUCUGGAGAUCCCAGGCACGGUCACUUCCUGGGUGGUGAUCUUCAUCCUGCCCAUCAACAGCGCCCUGAACCCCGUCCUCUACACCAUCACCACAACGCCCUUUCAGGAGAAGCUCAAGCAGUGUCUGCGGCGCGACGGCCGCCCCCCGGCUUCCUCCCGGGCCGCCGGGCCCAGCUUCGCCCUGGUGCCGCUCCGGGCCCGCGACAGGGACCUGCCCGAGCUGGCCAGCCAGCGCACCUGGAGGGCUGAGCUGGAGAUAGAGGACUGA